GGUGUGUAGUACAAGUGUAGAAAGGUCAACCUGUAGUACAAAGAGCAGAGGUUUUAAUUAAGUUGAAAGCAACUAAAUUGAACAAGAAGAAUCAGCAAGCAGAUCGAUUCAUGAAUCAUAUGCAUGGCGGCCUCAUCAUCCCCUUCAGUGAAAGCUUUCAAUAAGUCAACUAUCCUGCUGGCCGUUGCUCUCCUCUUAUGUCUGCAAUUCUCAGAAAUAAUGGGUCAUGGAGGGGCAGGGGGUGGCGACAGUGGCAGCGGCACGGAUUUGCGUGGCAGAGAGUUAAUACUUGUAAAGAUAUGGUGUGUCAUAAUCCUUCUUGGGAGUACCUUUGCCGCUGGAGUCUCCCCUUACUUCGUACCAUGGAACGGGAGCUUUAUUCUCUUGGGCACUCAGUUUGCUGGUGGAGUUUUCCUAGCAACUUCUCUAAUGCAUUUCUUAGGCGACGCAAACACUACUUUUGGUGAUCUCACAAGCAAGACGUAUCCCUUUGCUUUCAUGCUCGCGGCGGUGGGUUACCUUCUCACCAUGUUUGCCGAUUCUGUUUUAUGCGUCCUUACAAGCCAGCCGGGUGAAAGAGAAGCUAAAGUAGUGGAGGAUGAAAACACACCAGUUGAGGCAGAGGCAACCAUGGAUCAUAACCCAAUUUUUGUGAUGAAAGCAUCAUUUAUUGGAGAUACCCUGCUGCUUAUCCUUGCACUAUGUUUUCAUUCCAUUUUUGAGGGCAUAGCAGUUGGAGUUUCAGCCACCAAGGCAGAUGCAUGGAGAAACUUGUGGACAAUAUCAUUGCACAAAGUAUUUGCAGCCAUUGCCAUGGGAAUCGCACUACUGAGGAUGUUGCCCAAGAGGCCAUUUCUAACAACUGUUGCUUAUGCCUUUGCCUUCGCUAUUUCAAGCCCCAUUGGAGUAGGGAUUGGCAUUGCCAUCGAUGCCACAACACAAGGAGCAGUUGCUGACUGGAUCUUUGCCAUCUCCAUGAGUCUUGCUUGUGGUGUCUUCAUCUAUGUGGCCAUCAACCAUCUUAUUGCCAAAGGAUUCAAACCUCUGGAAAAAUCUUACUUCGACACUCCCUUUUUCAAGUUUCUUGCUGUGCUUGCUGGUGUAGCUGUGAUGUCAGUUGUCUUCAUCUGGGAUUAAUUAUAUAACCCCACUACUGUAAUUAAUUGUUAA